UUUCCCACGGCAGUGGUGAAUUUUGGAGUGAAUUCGGAAGUGACCCCAACUACGCCAUCCUCACUAGUACGCACGGGCUGUGGUAGCUUGGGAAACGUUGAACCCGCCCAUGGGUGAGGGGCGGGACUUCCGGUAGCGGGCCAAGGCCCGCCGCGGCGAGCACAGCGGAAGUCCGUUCUCCUUCGCCGCAUCCCGGGAUGUCACAGCCGGGACCCCGGGGCCGCCUGUGGCUGCAGAGCCCCGCUGGGGGGCCACCCCCUAUAUUCCUGCCGGAUGGCCAAGCCCUGGUCCUCGGUCGGGGGCCCCUGACCCAGGUGACGGACCGGAAGUGCUCUCGGAAUCAAGUGGAGCUGAUUGCAGACCCUGAGACCCGGACAGUGGCAGUGAAACAGCUAGGCGUUAACCCAUCAACUGUUGGGGUCCAGGAGUUGAAACCAGGGUUGUCGGGCUCUCUAAGUUUGGGGGACAUCCUGUAUCUGGUCAAUGGCCUACACCCCCUGACCCUGCGUUGGGAAGAGAUCAGCACAUCGGAAUCCCAGCCAGAUACUCCUCCAGGCACUCCUCCUGUGGAUCCAGUGGACCGGGAGGAUGCUGAGCCUCAGAAAAAGCGGGUGCGGAAAUCGUCCCCUGGCUGGGAGAGCUUCAAGAAGUUACUGGUGUUCACGGCAUCUGGGGUGAAGCCCCGGGGUAAGGUGGCUGCCUUUGACCUAGAUGGGACUCUCAUCACCACCCGCUCUGGAAAGGUCUUCCCCACUAGCCCUAGUGACUGGAGGAUUCUGUACCCAGAGAUUCCAAAGAAGCUACAGGAGCUGGAUGCUGAGGGCUACAAGUUGGUAAUCUUCACCAAUCAAAUGGGCAUUGGACGAGGGAAGCUGCAGGCAGAGGUGUUCAAGGCCAAGGUGGAGGCUGUGUUGGAGAAGCUGGGGGUCCCAUUUCAGGUGCUGGUGGCAACACAUACAGGUCUACACCGGAAGCCAGUCAGCGGCAUGUGGGAACACCUUCAAGAGCAGGCCAAUGAGGGCAUGCCCAUUUCCAUGGAUGACAGCAUCUUCGUGGGAGAUGCGGCAGGGCGCCCAGCCAACUGGGCCCCGGGGAGAAAGAAGAAGGACUUCUCCUGCGCAGACCGCCUGUUCGCCCUUAACAUCGGCCUGCCCUUUGCCACUCCAGAGGAGUUCUUCCUCAAGUGGCCAGCAGCUGGCUUUGAGCUUCCAGCUUUCGACCCGAGAACCGUCUCCAGCGCUGGGCCCCUCUACAUACCAGAGUCCAGCUUCCUCCUCAGCCCCAACCCGGAGGUGGUGGUCACAGUAGGAUUCCCUGGGGCCGGCAAGUCCACCUUCGUCCAGGAGCACCUGGUGUCAGCUGGAUAUGUCUAUAUAAACAGGGACACACUGGGGUCGUGGCAGCGCUGUGUGAGCUCAUGCCAAGCGGCACUGAGGCAGGGGAAGCAAGUUGUAAUUGACAACACCAAUCCAGAUGUCCCAAGUCGGGCCAGGUACAUCCAGUGUGCCAGAGAUGCAGGCGUGCCCUGCCGCUGUUUCAACUUCUGUGCUACACUAGAGCAGGCUCGUCACAACAACAGGUUCCGAGAGAUGACUGAUCCCUCACAUGCACCGGUGUCAGACAUGGUCAUGUUCAGCUACAGGAAGCAGUUUGAGCCCCCCACACUGGCUGAGGGCUUCCUAGAGAUACUUCAGAUCCCACUCCUACUCCGGCCGCAUCUGGACCCAGCGCUGCAGCGGCUGUACUGCCAGUUCUUGGAGGGCUGAGCCCGCAAUAAACACACUACUGCUGCUA